AAUGUUGACGGAAUAAAAAUGAGGCGAAGAAAAGACAGCAGUGUGUUGUGAUGCUGGAGCUCAGUCAGCACUUUGUGUUGUGUUGGGGCUUGUGUGUGUGCUGUGUGUUCAUGCAGCCUCGGCCUACACGCUGCCUGCGUUUUCAACUGCGCUCAAUGGCCGUCACUCCCACACACAUUUCCCCUUUCUCUGCCUCUGUUGCAGAGUCAGGGGGCGAAACCAAAUGGCAUGGGAAAGAUAGGGAGCCUAAAAUAAAAUAAGUUAUAUCCAUUUGCCCCUGGUGUCUGAGACGUUUCUCUUUUUUUUCUUCUCUUACUGUAACAGAUAAAACAUUUCUGAGUGAUAUGUUUCCUGCGCAUAAAAGCAAAUCAAAAAUAAAACAUGGCGAACAUUGGCCCUAAAAGAAGAGCGACAGAGAGAGUAAGACUGGAGGUUUUCCUUGUUAUUUAUGGAGAGAGAGGGGCUGCUGUCAGGUCCUUUGCGGGGAGAGAAAGAUUGAUCACCGCACUUCUUUUUUUUCCCACUCGGGGCUCCUCCGGCCCUCCCCAAAAUAGGCUAUCCUCUGUUAAACUCUUUCCUCAUCUUCAUAAAAAGAUCUCUCUAAUCCGAAAGCCACUCAUCACACUCUCACUUACUAUUAGCAGUCAGAUUACUGCUGCUCUGUUAUUAUUUUUAAUAUUAGGGGGAACAGGAGGCCUGCGCUCUCUCCUCUUUCUUUUUUUUUCAGUUGCGAGGAGCGACCUCGCUGUGAACUCUCCCUCUCUCUCUGCGUAAACACUCCGAACAUUUUAACACACACACAUCACAGUGGAGAGCGAGGGUGAGAGACCCAUGGCAAUUCUGUAACGAGAAUCUUGGAGCCUGUGUGCACAAACUAUUUUAGUGAGAUUAUAUUUAGACAGAAGCUAUUCAGGCUUCUGUCGCGCUCGUAGACACGCUGACUAAAGCUCCAACAACUAGGCCUGUUUUUUAAAAAAACAACACCAUCCCCAAAAUAUGAAGAAAGCUUUUAAAUACAAAAAAUGCACUUACACGCCAACAGGCUCCCUCUCUCUGCCUCUCUUCACAGUUAUAUCUAAGUGUCUGUCUCUCAGCUCUGUUAGUAGUCAAUCUGCUGAGUAGAAAUCUUCAUCAUCCUCUCCUCCUGAGCUGCUGUGCCAUCUAAAACCCUCUCCAAGUUUUCUAAGUUGGGGAUUUUUAGCUUCUGUCACACUUUAUAAGAUUAAUGAGCUGAGUGCUGUAAACGCUAGGUUUUUUUUUUCUGAUGGAGCCAUAUUGUAAACGGCGCUGACCUGCUCCGUUCACCUAAUGUUAACCGUCAUUACAUCACCCAGAGGACCGAAAAAAAUGUCCGAAAGAUGCUCUUUUGUUUGUGCGUAACGCCGGGCCGGGAUGCGCAGACCCGCCGCCCACACAGCGCACAUGGCGACCGGCAGCCUUCCCGUUUUUUUCGCCCCGAAAAUUUACCCCCCGUUAUGACAAAACAAUAGCACCUAUCCGUUGAUGGAGCCUUUCUUUCCCAGAGCAUUUGGUGGAAAAAUAAUAAUGCUGCUUCCCACAGCCAUCGCCGCCGCCAGGCCCGGGCUUACGAUUGGCUAUUGAGGGUCACAUGACCAGGAAUUGGCUGCAAUUUCGCCCCAUAGUUCUUCAGUUUAGCCUACCCAGGUCCCCAUACGCUAGUAAUAUCACCAAUAUACACAAUUAUUAUAUAGGCACCGCAUUUACGCCAUUGCGGUGGGGAGCCUACAUGCUCGUGCGUUUUUUCAUUUCGUUUUAUUUUUUUUUAAAGCCAUAUUGUGUUGUGUGCGUGCGUGAGCGUGUGUGCGUGCAUGUGUUUUGCUUUUUUUUAUUUUGGGGAAGGGAUUGUUCGGGGGUCUCGCCGUUUGAGAGUGAAACCGGUUUGAGGGAGCUAUGAAUUUUGAAUUUGAGAGGGAGAUCGGUUUUAUAAACAGCCAGCCGUCCCUAGCAGAGUGCCUGACGUCCUUCCCAGCCGUCCUGGAGUCAUUUCAAACUUCAUCAAUCAAGGAGUCGACAGUAAUUCCGCCUCCCUUCGAGCACACCAUCCCCAGCCUCAGCCCCUGCACAGCCAGCCAGCCGAGACCGACUGCUAGGAGCCAGCAGAACCGGAGAACCUCCGCCACUAAUGGCCUCCAGACGCACCACCGAGCCGCCCAGCAGCCCUGUCCGUCCGGUCAGGCCCCUGCCACGGCGACGGCAGCCCCGGUCGGUCCGCUGGCCCACGAGUUCCCCUGGAUGAAGGAGAAGAAGUCAUCAAAGAAAUGCCCCAAGCCUGGGAGCAGUUCCAGUGGUGGCGGAUCCAUCAUCCCGCCUGCCUCGUCCUCCCCAUCGCCGACCGCCUCCGGGUACGCUUCGGCGGGCAUCGAGUCGCCCACAGACCCGAGCCAGGCGAGUCUGGAUGGUGGAGGAGCCGGGUCUCGUCGGCUGCGCACCGCCUACACUAACACACAGCUGCUGGAGUUGGAGAAGGAAUUCCACUUCAACAAGUACUUAUGUCGGCCCAGGAGGGUAGAGAUCGCCGCCCUUUUGGAUCUGACCGAGCGGCAGGUCAAAGUUUGGUUCCAGAACCGCCGGAUGAAACACAAGCGCCAGACGACGCACCACCGGGACGGGGGUGGUGGAGGCGGUCAUGAAUCCAGCGACCCGGGGGGAUUUGAGCCUCUCGAAGGCGCCGAUGCCUCAUCCCCGUAUUCAAGCCAGCCGCUCGAAGCAUCUGGAACCGGCGAAGCUACAUCUGAGAGCGAGCCGACGAGCGGCAAUCCAUCUUCGGCCGCCUACGCCAGUGACAGCGGGGACAAUGCACAGCCCACGCCGGAGGAGGGAGGCCGUCUGAGCCGCCCCGAACGCCCACAGCUGCCAGGGGCUUCUGGUUCCUCUGACCCUGCUGCGACUCACCACUCCCCGCCGGCGUUCACAGCCACGAACUCCGCUGACACCCCGGGCCUGAUGCAGCUCAGCGAGGCCGGGCCCGCAGCAGCAGCAGCAGCAGCAGCGGAUCCGUCGUUCUCCGAGCAGCGGGACUCCACCAUCACCUCCACCUCCUCAUCGGCUCCUCCCGCCACCUCCUCAUCAUCAUCCACGCUGCCCGACCUGACCUUCUUUGCCGGGGACGCCUGUCUGUCACCCAGCCUGCAGAGCUCACUGGAUAGUCCGGUGGAUUUCUCCGAGGAGGACUUCGACCUGUUCACAAGCACACUGUGCACCAUAGACCUGCAGCACCUCAACUUCUGAGGGAACGUUUCAGCAAAAAGACGAUUUACUAACAAGGGAAGGAGUGGCGGACGGCCUGUCUGUGUGGAUGAACAAUCGAGCGGAGGACACAGCACUCGGCGGGGACUCUGUUGUUUAAAAAAAGCAUUAAAGCUUCUCGGCAACAUUCCUGAAACACUUCUAAAUGAAAAUUCUGUUCCGUUUUGAAAUAUAUUUUUUAUCGUCUUCUUGCUGGUUUUUCUUUGCGGCUAUAAUGUAGUUUAAGAGCGACGCAGUUUAUUUUUAUUUUUAUUUUAAACAUCGAAGGGAAAUUGUUUUUCUCUCUCUCUCUCUAUCUCCCACGAUCGAAACGUUGUGGAUUUAUUUUCUCCCCUUGUCCAAAUUUCAGGUAUUUAUUGCCUUUCUUGUUUAAAAUUCUGAACCCUUACCAGUAUGUGUGGAUUUGUUUCGUUAUUCUAGUGCAGCUUCAUGGAUCCUUAAUAACUUCUCAGGAACUGUUCACGGAGUCUAGGUGCAGAUAGCUGGACUGCUCUUAGAAAAUCUGAAGUGAAGAAUGAAUUCAUUCUCUCUGAACGAGACGAGAGAAGCCCUGCUGAUGACCCGAGUUUUAGACCCUAGUUUAUUUAUUGAGAUUCUUUAAUAGUGAAAAUCCAAAUUAUUUAUUGUACAUAUAUUUUCAUAGUGGAAUAAUAAUAACAAUGAUAAUAAAAAAAACACAUAAACAUUUA